UAACAAAGCGUGAGCACAUUUGUAUUUAAAGCGCAGCGAUAUUUGCCAUUAUCGAUGUGAGUUUUACCAGGUAGCGUUGAUGUUUAUACAAUUUGCUGGCUGAAUUAUGGAUAUUGGGGAACUCUUGGCAUUUAAGCCCGAGCAGACACCAAAGCGACCGCAUGAGGACGACGAUGAUUUCGCGCUGCCGGAGCCGGCGAGUGAUAUUGGAAAACGGGGCGGCGGCAUCGAUGAAAAGUCAAAGCGAAUGCGUCGCAUUGCAGACGCCAAGGAAACGGCCAACUACAGAAAGUCACAUGACAGCAAUGCGACUGGAGCGGGAUCAGCCAAUGGCAGUGCAUUUGAGUUUGAUCCCGAGCUCACAGAGGAGGAGCGUCUGAAUAUCUUAAAGUAUGUUGAGAGCGAGGAAGCAGAGGGCGAUGUGCUGGACGAACAAGGUCUGAAGAAGCUAAUACUGGUGUUUGAGAAGCGCAAUCUCAAGAACCAAGAGAUGCGCAUCAAAUUCUCAGACAAUCCCGAGAAAUUCAUGGACUCCGAGCUGGACUUACACACAGUCAUUCAGGAACUAAAAGCUGUAGCCACAGUGCCAGAUUUAUACCCGCUGCUCGUGGAGCUGCAUGGCCUCCACAGUCUACUGGAGCUGCUAGCGCAUCAAAACACAGACAUCGCAGUUGCCGUCGUUGAUCUGCUCCAAGAGGUAACCGAUGUGGAUAUUCUGGGUGAAAGCAACGAGGGUGCCGAGUCCUUGAUCGACGCGUUGCGCAAGGAACAAAUCUGUGCACUGCUGGUGCAGAAUCUUGAGCGGCUCAACGAACAGGUAAAAGAGGAAGCCGAUGGUGUGCACAAUACACUGGCGAUUGUCGAGAAUUUAACGGAGAUUGACGGAGAAUUUGUGCGCGAGGCGGCGAUACAAGGUCUGCUGGCCUGGAUACUGAAACGUCUCAAAGGCAAAUCGCCCUUUGAUCCCAACAAACUGUAUUGCAGUGAAAUAUUGUCCAUCCUGAUACAGACAGAGAACGAUAAUCGUUUGUUGCUCGGAACACUGGAUGGCGUCGAUGUAUUACUGCAACAGUUGGCUGUCUACAAGCGUCACGAUCCCGCCAGCAAUGAGGAGCAAGAAUACAUGUCCAAUUUGUUCAAUUGCAUGUGCUCGGCGCUGAUGGCGCGCGAGAAUCGCGAUCGCUUCCUCAACGGCGAGGGAUUGCAGCUGAUGAAUCUGAUGCUCAGAGAAAAGAAGAUGUCACGCAAUGGUUCCCUGAAGGUGUUAGAUCAUGCCAUGGCCGGCCAGGAUGGACGUGAGAAUUGCAAUAAGUUCGUCGAGAUUCUGGGACUGCGCACCAUUUUUCCACUAUUCAUGAAGACGCCCAACCGUAACAAGCAGCGAUUACUUUCAGUCGAUGAGCAUGAGGAGCAUGUCUGCUCGGUGAUUGCGUCGAUGUUGCGCAACUGCAAGGGCACGCAAAGACAACGCAUGCUGACUAAGUUCACGGAGAACGAUCAUGAGAAAGUCGAUCGUCUGCUCGAGCUGCAUCUUAAGUACUUGGCCAAAGUGGAAGCCAUUGACAGAGAGAUUGAUCAGCAGCCAAAAGAUGCGGGCAUCGAUGAAGACGAGGAGGCGGAGAAUAAUUAUAUAAAACGCUUGACUGGCGGUCUGUUUACGUUGCAGCGCAUCGAUUACAUCUUGCUGGAGGUCAGCGCCACCACAGAAACAGUCAAACAGCGAGUGUUACAAAUUCUUAAUUUGCGCAGCGCAUCCAUGAAAACCAUCAGAAGCAUUAUGCGUGAGUACGCUGGAAAUCUGGGCGAUGGCGACACCGACUGGCGGGAACAGGAACAGACACAUAUUCUAUCUCUAGUCGAUCGUUUUUGAGGCAAUAACCCAACAACCAAACUUUCCCUACCACACGCAAAUAGAUAAAUAAAUUCGCACGUCCAUCAAAUUUGGAUUAUUUCAAACAGAA